AGCAUUUCGUGGUAUGACUAUAGGAAUGCCAGGACGGCUGGUCCAUGCGAUGGAUCGGGGCCACCAGCCCACCGUUGUUUGAGCUGGCACCUCUCGUCAAGCUGCGCGACGUCGAACUCCGCGGGCGUUUUGGCUCAAGCCGCUACUGCUCAGGCCAGCUGGCUGUUGCCGAGGUCACGCGGCCGCCACCACUUGCCCCUACGCCGAGCCGUCCAAUACCAGAUGAGUUCCCGAGUUUCUCCUGAGCCGAAUUGUGCGCAGAAGGUUCGCUACAUACCAGUAAAUGUGAACGGCAAACAGGUGGUGGUCGGCGAGGGGGCAGACACGUUUCUCGUCGACAACAUUUAGCUGAGGAGCGGAGGGAUGCCUGGAGUCCAGGGCCGGUUCAGCAAGGACGUGGACGACCGGGAUCCAUCCGCCCUUGUGACGUUCGGUUCGAAGUUGCAGGGCGAGCUCGAGGGCGAUUGGCUCAAGGCGGUACUUCCAGAGGCAGCUCCAAGGCCGCAAGAUAUGGUGCCCGCGGGGAGGGUUCGCUACAUACCAGUGAUGGUUCGCGGCAAGCAGGUGGCGGUCGGCCAGGGGGGAGACACGUUCCUCGUCGACAACAUCGAGCUGAGGAGCACAGGGAUGCCUGGAGUCCAGGGCCGGUUCAGCAAGGACCUGGAUGACCGGGAUCCAUCCGCAACUGUGACGUUCGGCUCCAAGUUGCAGGGCGAGCUCGAGGGCGAUUGGCUCAAGGUGGUGCUUCCGGAGCCAGCCACGGCCGCGGGGGUUCCCGCCGGGGUCCCCGCGAACAGCCACGUGGUGCACGAGAAGUAUGCCGGCCCCAACACGAAGAUGUUCGGCCUCGGUGGCUGCCUCCUGUGCGGCUGCCUGGCCCUCCUCAUCUUUGCCUGCCCCGUGGACGAGCGGGAUGUGUACGUGGCGCCGAAUGGGGCCAAGUACACCCUGAGCGGCGCCCGGAUCCAGUAGACCCGAGGGCCUCCUCCUCCUCCUCCUCCUCAUCAUCAUCAUCAUCCUCCUCC